AUGGCUUCCGAUCCUCCAUCCCCGCCCGACUUCGGAAUCACGGAUAGGUCAUCAUCUCCGGGUAUUCCCUUGACCAUGACCGCCUCCGCCAUCUUGACCGCCCAGCCCCGAGAUGUCGCCGCCGCACUUGCUUCCGCCGUCCGGUUCCCCCAAGAAAAGGUCAUCGUUCACUUUAAACCCAUCGGCAACGCCCCAGCUCUCGCCCGCGCUACUUUCAAGAUCAGCUCCACCCAGAAAUUUGAAGCUGUCGUCUCCUGGCUCAGAAGGCGCCUCAAAGUCCAAGACACCGACAGCGUGUUCCUCUACAUCAACAGCGCCUUCGCUCCUUCUCUUGACGAGGUCAUUGGGAACCUGCACUCCUGCUUCAAGGAUAUGAAUGAUCAACUUAUCGUAUCCUAUUCUAUGACUCCGGCCUUUGGCUGA